UUUAUAUAAAUAAAAAAAAAUUGUUUUCAAAGUUAUUCCAGGAAUAACAUGUUUUUAAAACUAUAGUGUCAUUAAAUAUAAUCAUAAUAAUGUGUUGUUUUAUCUAUUUUUACUAAUAUUAUUUAAAAAUUUUAAUUUGUUUUUUAACUUAAUAAUUAUAUUAUAGUUAUUGUGUGUUCAAACAGACAAUGUCUUCAAAAUUAAGUUGUGUUAGAUUAUUGACUAUUUUAUUGAUAUGGAUAUUGUGUACGAGUGGUAGUAUUGAUACAAUUAAACGCAAGUCUCCGCUUCAUUCAGAUUUCAUUGAAGAAGUUGAAGCAAAACGGUUAGAGAAACUGUUAGACGAACAGGACUUCAUUGCUGUGUUUUUUUAUACUAGAUCAUGUGAAAAUUGUAAAGAUAUAUUAGACGAGUUAGAGAAGAUUGAUGGAGAAGCAGACAAAUAUGGGGUCGAGUUUGUCAAGAACUCUGAGAGAGCGGCCGCCAAAAAGUAUGGUAUCACUCAAUUCCCAUCCCUUGUCUACUUCAGGCACAGGGAAUCCACCCUUUUUGAAGGAGAUCUGAUGAAUGAGUCGGAAGUAUUGGAAUGGUUGACAAGUGUAGAGUCAAUGGAUUUGCCCGAUAAGAUUGAAGAAGUAAAUGCAAAAAUACUACACAAUUAUAUCGAUGAACACGACUUCGUUGCCGUACUUUUCUAUAAACAAAACUGUAAGAAAUGUGAGAAAGUGUUGCAUCACUUGGAGGAGAUCGACGACGACGCCGACCAACACAACAUCGGAUUUGUAAAAAUAUCUGAACCCGAACUCGCAUAUGAAUAUGGACUGGAUGAACUGCCAGCUCUGGUCUACUACAGGAAAAAGAUCCCAAUUGUAUACACAGAUAACUUGGAAGAAGAGCAAAAAGUGUUGGACUGGCUCUUGGAGUUUAGGGACACCGUUGAAGAACCGGAUGAGUUUGUCGACGACUCCGAUGAGAUUGAAGACGUGAGCGCAGCUAUACUGACACAACUUAUUGAAAGUUCAGACUCUUUGGCUGUUUUGUUCUAUGAUGACGAAGACAAAGAUAGUAUGGAAGUGCUCCGAGAAUUGGAAAACAUUGACGACGAAUGCGAUCAAAAUAACAUAGCAUUUGUCAAAAUAGAUGAUGUUGAAGUGGCCAAACGUUUUGGCAUUGAUUAUCAUGAGUUACCAACUUUGGUAUAUUUUGAGAAAAAAUUACCAAACUUUUAUCAGGGCGAUUUAAUGGUAGAGGAAGAAGUACUCAAAUGGUUAAUACAUCAGAAAAGUAGUGAUGAAAUAGAGGACGUAUCAGAUGUAGUAUUGGAUAAUAUGAUUGACUCAUCCAGUUAUUUGGCAGUUUUAUUCUAUGAUAGAGACAAUCAAAAAUCAAUGGAAGUACUGCAAGAACUUGAAAAUAUUGACGACGAAUGCGACGAAAAGGGAAUAUUGUUUGUCAAGAUAGACGACGACACCGUUGCCCGAGAGUAUGGCAUCGAUGAUGAGUUACCGACUUUGGUCUACUUUGAGAACAAGAUUCCCAGUGUAUAUCAGGGCGACCUCAAGAAUGAAGAAAAAGUACUCGAAUGGUUAGUCAGACAAACACAGACCGAUGAGAUUGAAGAAGUCAGUCAUGAAAUGCUGGAUCUACUCAUUGAGAAACAUAAUUACAUUGGAGUUCUUAUCUAUAAACCGAAAGAUAAAAAUAGUGAAAAAUUACUCAAAGAGUUGGAACAUAUUGACGACGAUUGCGAUGAAAAAGGAAUAGUAUUUUUAAAGACCGACGACAAAGAAGCGGCAGAAAAGUAUGGAAUCAAAAAACUUCCCGUUAUUUUAUUCUUCAGAUUCCAAGUGCCCACACAAUACAGCGGUGACAUUAUGAAUGAGGAACAGGUCCUCAAGUGGUUUGUUGACCAACAAGAGACUGAAGAGAUUGAAGAUGUCAAUAGUCGGACAUUGAAGUCACUCAUCGAUAACAGCGAUUCAUUGGCUGUUCUUUUCUAUGAUAGUUCCUCUGCGAAGAGUACUAGUGUUUUAAAGGACUUGGAAGAGAUUGAUGACGACGCAGAAAAAUAUGACAUCCCUUUUGUUAAAAUAGACGACAAAUCGGUAGCCAAAGAGUUUGGUGUUGACGAUGAGUUACCAAUACUUGUAUAUUUUGAAAACCGAUUGCCAACUGUAUAUGAGGGCGAUCUUACUAAUGAAGAAGUUGUCCUUCAAUGGCUAAUUAAACAGAAAACUGAAGAUACUGUUGAAGAAGUAACAGAAGAAAUAUUGGAUGACUUGAUCAGAGAAAGAGAAUAUGUAUUAGUCUUCUUUGCGCCCAAUAAUUGCAAAGAUUGUGACGAAAUUUUGCAUAAGAGUUUAGAGACCAUUGAUGACGAUACUGACGAACACGGAAUAUUACUCGUCACAACUGAUGACUUGAAUUUGGCCAAAAAACAAGCAAAAGUCAAUAAAUUUCCAGCACUUGUACUCUUUCGUAAUGGAGAAGCUGUACAAUACAAGGGAGAUAUGCGUAAACCAGAAGCUAUACUUAAAUGGGUAACCAGUGAGGAAGCAUUGGAUAAACCGGACGAAAUUGAAGAAAUCAAUGACAAAAUGUUGGAUAAAAUGUUAGAGAAGAACUCAUAUGUGGCUGUUUUGUUCAUUAAAGAGAAGUGCAGUGAAUGCGAUAAAGUAUUAAUUGAAUUAGAAAACAUUGAUCACAUCGCUGAAGAACAAGACAUUGAUUUUGUUAAAGUCAAAGAUCCUAAAGUUGCCAAAGAGUACAAUAUAUUGACAUUCCCGACACUUAUGUUUUUCAGAAAUAGAUUUCCACAGUUUUAUGAGGGAAAUCUCAAAGAUGAAGAUACUGUACUCAAAUGGCUUAUUGAUCACAAAGAAGCCAAAGAGGAUAUCAUUGAACUUGUGGACAGACAUAUGUUAGAAGUACUUCUUGACGAUAUCGAUCACAUAACUGUUUUUUUCUACGAUGGAGAUGACUGUCCUGACUGUGACACUAUACUCAAAGAACUGGAGAAUAUAGACGAUGACACUGACAAACACGGCAUUCAUUUUGUUAAAACAGAUGACGAUGACUAUGCAAAAGAAAUUGGUAUAAUUCAAUUGCCAGCACUUGUCUACUUUGAACAUAAGGUUCCCUCCAUUUAUGACGGAAAUCUAUAUGAAGAAGAAGAAGUAUUGGAAUGGUUGAUAAGGCAGAAGAAUGAGGACACCAUCGAGAAUGUCAAUCGAGAUAUUCUGUUCCGAAUGAUAGCUGAAAAAGAGUAUUUAGCCGUUUUCUUCUAUAAGCUCGACGACGACGAAUCAGAAGAAAUAAUUGAACAUUUGGAGAAGAUUGAUGAUGACUGUGCUGACUAUGACGUCCAUUUGGUCAAAAUUAGUGAUCAAUUGAUUGCCAAGAAGUAUGGUAUUCGUCAACCACCAGGUCUUGUAUUUUUCAGACGCGGCAAACAUAUCAAAUUUGAAGGCAACCUCUUCGAUGAAGAGGAAAUACUAGAGUGGUUAACCCGACCCGAGAACAUGGAAUUAAGUGAUGCCAUCGAAAAGGUUAACAAACGUAUGUUUGAGCGUAUGUUAACCCGAACCGUAUAUUUGGCGGUACUUUUCUAUAGUAAAACUGAUUGCAAACAAUGCGAUAAAGUGCUCGAAGAGUUAGAAAGAAUUGACGACGAGGCCGAUGCCGCCGGUAUUAAGUUUGUUAAGAUAGACGACUCACAAUUGGCCAAAAACUAUGGUGUCUUUGCUCUGCCGGCACUCGUAUUCUUUAAGAAGGGAGAUGAAGAAGAGCCCAUCAUUUAUGCCGGUGAUUUGAAACGGUCUGAAAAGAUCUUAGACUGGCUCAUCAAUCAAAAGGACCCGUCACUCGACAAGAUUGAGGACGUGGACGCACCGGCACUCAGAAAAUUGAUUGAAAACUCUGAUCAUUUAGCCGUCUAUUUCUACGAGAAGGAGUUGUGUGAUAAAUGUGUUCAAAAGGGCACAAAUGGUUUAAAAGAUUCACCGGAUUGUGUUGAAUGUAAGGCUGUUCUCGAAGACCUCGAAAAUAUUGAUUCGGAUACCGAUAGACACGGAAUUAUAUUCGUGAAGACCGCAGAGACAGAGAUUGCCCGCGAGUAUGGCAUUAAAGACCUGCCGGCACUCAUAUAUUUUGAACGACAGAUUCCCAGCAUUUAUGAGGGAGACAUGACUGCUGAAGAGGAUGUCUUGCAAUGGUUGGUCCAACAAAAAACUGAAGACACCAUUGAGUCAGUUAACAGAGAAUUGUUGGAACAAUUGAUUGAAACCACACAGUAUUUGGUUGUCUUUUUCUAUAAGCCCAGUUGUAGAGCAUGUGAUAUAGUAUUGGAUGAAUUGGAAAAUAUUGACGACGACUGUGAGAUAUAUGGUAUCCAUUUUGUCAAAAUACAAGACAUACCAUUAGCCAAACGGUAUGGCAUUAAAACAUAUCCGGCACUUAUAUAUUUCAGAAAUGGAAAUCCACUCAUCUAUGAUGGUGAUCUGAGAAAUGAAGAGGCAGUUCUUGAUUGGCUUAUAGAUGAUGACAACCGAGAGUUGGCCGACGAGAUAGAGGACGUCAACUCAAGAAUGUUAGAGAAACUGAUCGAUGAUUCGCCAUUUCUUGCCGUUCUCUUCUAUGACAGUGAUUGCGAUGAUUGCGAGGAAGUCCUCAAAGAACUAGAGAACAUUGACGACGACGCCGACCUUUUUGGCAUUGAUUUCGUUAAAGUAAAUGAUGUGAAGGCGGCCCACAAGUAUAACGUCCAUACGUUCCCAACUCUGGCAUACUUUAGGAAACAGAGUCCCAUCUUAUAUGACGGCGAUCUUUUGGAUGAGGAGAAAGUCCUCAAAUGGCUGACUAGUAAUGAUGUCUUUGAGAUCAAGGAUGAGAUUGAAGAAGUUAACAGAAAAAUGUUGGAUAAACUUCUUAAUGAUAAUGACUUUGUGUCCGUCUAUUUCUAUGAAAAGGAUUGUUAUGAUUGUGAAGAAGUAUUGCAUGAGUUGGAGCACAUCGACGAUGAGGCCGACGAAUUAGAUAUAAUGUUUGUUAAAAUACGUGACACGCGUUAUGCGCGUAAAUACGGGGUCAGUGAAGUACCCGCAUUGGUGUUGUUUAGGAAAAAAUUUCCUGCAAUUUAUAGAGGUGAUCUCAUGAAGGAGGAUGAGGUGCUCGAGUGGUUGAGGAAGAACAGGUACCGACACCCGGAGCUUAAUUUGUUUAUGUAUGCAUUGGCUUCAAUUACGGGUGCAUUCAUUUUCUAUACUCUGUUCCUAAUAUUUUGCAUUAAGGCACCGAAAAAUGCCAAAAAAGACUAACAAAUGUCGUCAAAAGUCAUCGUCAUUACAAUCAACAACACAAUUGACAUCAAAUAAUUAAUAAAUCAACUCAAAUGUGGCUAAACUAUUCACCAAAUAAAGUAAAUGUUUAAAUUUUGGCCCAUUAUUGCUCACUUUAAGUAUAUAUAUAUUACA